AUGUCCGCACGCGGCUUUCCGCCCGAGUUUCUGCAAAUCUCGUCUGAGUUACUGGAUCUCCCCGCGGAGAUGCUCAUGGGCACUCCCCCAGAAGAUCUAAGCCCUGAUUUUCCGGAGACUAUCACAUGCAUUAUCAUCUUGUCGCCGAUAUUCGUAUGGAAACUGGAGUCGGGCGUAGACAACGUCAGGAAACUCGUUGACUAUCUCGAGUACAAAGUUCCUCUUCCCAUGCUUGAUGUGGCGCUAGACGAGGCACAUAUGCCAUCGAAUAACGAGAUCAGCUCGCUAUGCAUCAAGGACAUGAACGACUGCCCAACCAUACAGGCUAUCUUUCAUCAUCAUACUCGACGGAGACUCCACCUGGCAAGACUCGUGCGCGAGUCACCUGCCACUUUUCUCAAGAUUCUGGCUGCGGUGGAUGCCGACGAUGACGCGUCAAACAUCGAGUUGUGGGACUGUCUGCGUUCGAUUGAGCUUGUCGCACGCGAUUACUUCGCCGAUGGGUGUGCCCGCGGACAGAAUGGGCCUCCACCUGAGAGCACGUCGCAAGUAGACCAGCUUUGGAGACAACUAGUGGAGGGUGGGUUACCGGAGAUCCUUCUGGGCAUGCUGGACUGCCUCUUCAUAUUGCAAGCGAUCCCGUGUUUCACACACAUUCUACGCGGUUUGGUUCUUUGGUGCUCUCGGGAACCUCUGAAUCUGUCGCACACGCGUGAGGACGUCAAUUGCGGCAUUCUGACAUUGCUGAAGAAGUUUUGGGAGGAAAUCUGGGUUCAACGUAAUCUUCUGGUGAAGAAGGCACGACCUCUCUAUCUUGUUUACCACGCACCCGACGUGGAGUCCUGUCUCGCAAUCUUAGUACUGGCACAGCUUGCAGCCGAAUACAUCGCGUUGAGCCAGGUAACUCAUUGCGAGUCCCCCGGGCGUGAAGCAUACAUGCAUUUCGCCCGUGUACUGGUUUUCAUCUGGCUCAUCCCGACCAUGAUCAAGGGUCCUCCAGAAGCUGAAACCCAGCACAUGCUCUUCAUACUGGUCGCUCUAUUCACACAACAUAGUGGACGGUCGGGAUUGACACCCGAUGAUUUCUCAGCUUUUCUCGACCGAGAAGUGUAUGCAAAAUACGGAGCCGAAGUUUUCCUCUCCAAUCUGGAUCUGGCGUUGCGAGCGGUAUCACAGGCAAUCCCACGCAGAAGUUACGAACUGGAUACGAGGGACACGCUCGACGUGAUCAGGGAGUAUGCCGUUCGACCGCAAUGCAAGCGAUACUUCGCAUCCUCCGGCUUACUGCAGAGCAUACGCGACGUCCUUGACGGGGACCUCGUCCGCGCUCUUCCACCCGACGCGCAGUGGAUGGUGCAACAGAGUGGCAUCACUCUACUACAACGCCUUGUUACUCUGGCGCCGGCGGGUCGUACUGCGAAAGCCUUGCUCCGCGGCCAUAGCAUCUUCGCCAUCAUUUCCGAGUCGGCUAUCGCCUACGCAACAGCCGCUGAGAGUCUUCCCGACGACCAGACCAUACUGAACAUCAUCGACAUGUACAUCACCGUCGCAGGUGGCUCACGGGCUCGCGGAGGCCGCGAAGAGCUUCUGUAUGCAAUGAAACGCUCCCUUCAAGCGCACUGGUAUCCGACAUACCGCGAUCUCUAUGCGAUGGUAGAGUAUGACGCGCGAGGCGCGCCAUUCGGCAAGGCCGUACAACCAUUGGGACACUGGAUAGAGCUGGGCAACUCGUUGGGUCUCGAGGUGGAAAGUGAGAAGGAUGCUUAUGAGCGGAGGGCGGCUACGCUGUGCGCGUGGGAAGAAUGCCAGUUCCACGAAGCGAAGCCCCCGACGGCGACACGUGCUUGCGCCGGCUGUGGGGAAGUUCGCUACUGUAGCAAAGGAUGUCAGAAAAGAGACUGGAAGGAGGGAGGUCAUGGCAAGAGAUGCAAGAGGCUGAAAGAGAAGGCACACAAUCGUGCGGAGGAAGAUUCACACAGUAGCAGGUGA